UUCUCAGUCUCCAUGGAUUCACAAGCACAUUAUAAUUUCACUCAUAUGAUCCACUCUGUAAAGGAGGACCUUGACGAAAGUUCCGUCGGCCACCUGUGCAAUUCCGCAAGUUUUGAGAGUCCUGCACUUGAGUCUUCGGAAACUUCUGAGAAAAGGCUUCUCCACUGGAUACGAUUUGUGAUUGCUGCUAUUACCACCACGUAUUGCAUUAUCGUAUCGUAAAAUGUUCCAAGGCUAUGCAUCGCACGAGAGAAAUCCUGCACGUUAACUGCUUCAUUUCCCGAGCGCAAUGGUGUAAAGUGGUGAAUGAAACAUUUCAAA